CAGAUUUGCACCAGUCCCGCAACGCCGCCGAUGCCAUCGGGUCGCCGCUUCGUUCUCAACGCUGCGCUGCUGCUCGCCACAGCAGCGAGGGCCUACGACGCCCGGCUGGACCCUCGCUUCCUCGGCUUUACGAAUCGCGUCGUCAACGUCUCGACCUUCACCACCGAGUGCCCGAAUGUAUCGUUUACGCCCGAGCUCGGUGUCUACGUCGUGCCCGAGCAGCCCUCGUGCAUCAUCUAUCCCAACGGCACGGUGUGGCGCGGCGCCAACAAGACCGACCUCUUCCAAGUAGCGUCGGGGCCUAUCUUCCCGACCGGCAACUUGAAGAAUGCGAUUUAUGGCGGCAUGGACAUUGCCUACCUUGAUGUGCUGCCCAACAAUGUGCCCGUCGUCGCAUUCCAAAAUGUUGGCCUCGAAAACGUCAACUACAAUCUGGCGCUGGACAAGAACAAUUUGCCGCUCGGCGUCAUUUCGCUGUAUUUGACCAACAACAGCCUCACCAACGCUUCGAUGAACGUGGGCCGCACCCUCCAAGAACUCUACUUCACUGGCAACGAUAUCUCGACUGUGCAGCUCCGGGGUGACGGUCUGCGUAAAGUGGCCUUGGACUACAACGCAUUGACGCUUCAAAGCUUCAACAAGACGUCCAUACCACUGAGUGUUACUGACCUCUCGCUGCGCCACAACCCGCUUGGAGCGAUGCCCAAAGAGAUCUUGUUGCCAUCGCUGACGUCGCUUGGUUUGACCGACACGUCGCUGACGUCGAUCGAGGGCAUCGAGUGGCCGACCAUGCUCUCAACCUUGUUGCUUGACAACAAUAGCAUUACCGAAGUCCGCGCCAAUUUUCCACCAACCUUGUCGUUUUUGUGGUUGGGCGGCAACAACAUCUCGGCAUUCUACGCCAACGCGUCACAGUUUGCACUCCUCAACGCGACCCUCAACGAGUCCCAACUCCCGCCGAGCUAUGAAUACCUUGCGUAUCGCUACGGCAACAAGACCAAGGUGUACCCUGUCUUCACCUCCAUCUCGGCCAGUGGCUGCCGCGGGCACUUUCGUGUCGAGCUCCUCCUCAACAAGUACCCGAUCUGCGUGACGCAGGGUGACGACGGCCACGGCCGCAUGCACUUGAGCGUCGCGGUCGUCGCUCUUUUGAUCGCGCUGGCGGUCGUGCUCACGGCCACCGGUGUCUGUUGCUGCGUUCGGAAGCGCGACAAGCGCCAGCGCGCGGCCGCCUCCAAGUGGUACGACGACGACACCAAUUUCUUUGCGAUCGCCGACUCGACACGGCUCUACUACGACGUGCGGUUUGACGAAGCGCUGAAAGAAUACCGCAUCCCGGUCGACGACCUCGAGCGCGAUAUCGUCUUGGCCAAAGGCGGCUUUGGUGUCGUCUACAAGGCAACGCUCCACAACACUACGCCGGUCGCGAUGAAGCGCAUGCUGCCCACCGUGCUUGACAGUCCGCAAGCGAUCGAUGAAUUUAUGCACGAGAUUCAGCUCUACGCGCAGCUGCAGCACCCCAAAGUCGUCCAGUUCAUCGGGAUGGCGUGGUCGACGCUCGCCAACAUCUCGAUGGUCACCGAGUUCAUGCCGCACGGUGAUGCGUGGACCUUGGUCGAGGCCAACAAGGAUGUGGUCACGUCGUGGCUGCUGCCGAUGCGGCAGCCGAGCGACGAAAAACCGAGCCGACGCCUGCGCAAGCACACGGCGUCGACCCAGAGCAGCAACGGCAGCGAAGCCGCUUUGGACUCGGCGCCACUGCACACGGAGCCGCGAUUCGGCACGUCCCGGCUCUCGAUUGUACGGGACGUGGUUGAAGCGCUCGAGUACCUCCACAGCUUUCCAACGCCCGUGAUCCACCGCGACAUCAAGGCCCGGAAUAUCCUGUUGGGACCCGAGUACGAAGCCAAGCUGACCGACUUUGGCACGAGCCGCCUCCGCGUCGACGAGCUCACGAUGACGGCUGAGAUCGGCACGUCGGCGUGGAUCGCCCCCGAAGUUUUGAUGGGCGUUCGGUACACGGAGAAGGCCGACAUUUACUCCUUUGGCGUGCUCAUGGCCGAGCUCGAUACGGGUGUCGUGCCGUACUCGGAGGUGUAUCUCGAGCCGGGCAGCACGUUGACUCUGGCGCGGGCGCGGAUCGCGAUGCUCGUCGCCAGCGGGGAGCUCUCGCCGACGUUCACUGAGACGUGCCCGCGUCAAGUGGUCUAUGUCGCUCGCAAAUGCUUGUCCCACGACCCGUCCGAACGCCCGACAGCGCGCGAGCUGCGCCACUUGCUCCACCAAGCGCACUUAGCACUCCUUCUCGCCGCUGUCGACGACGACUAGGAAGACGAUAGUUUAUGUUAUUUAUCUAAUGUGACGGCUACAAGUUAGUGAGCAGCG